AAACAUUUUUCUGAUCGAAAGAAAACUCAUCCUCUUAGCGGCGGUAAAAUCACAAAAAUUAGUUGAACAACAAACGCCUAAGAGGCACAUCGGUGAUCAAUUUUUAUCAAAGUUAACUCAAAUAAAACAAUCCCGCCAACAUGGAUGAUCAAUUCAUUGAUGAAGAUCUUACCCCCGAGCAAAUCGCCGUUUUGCAAAAGGCUUUCAACAGUUUCGACAGCCAAAAGUGCGGCAGUAUCUCCACCGAUAUGGUUGCCGAUAUUUUGCGUUUGAUGGGUCAACCCUUCGACAAGAAGAUCUUGGAAGAACUCAUCGAAGAAGUCGAUGAAGACAAGUCUGGCCGUUUGGAAUUCGAAGAAUUCGUUCAAUUGGCUGCCAAAUUCAUUGUUGAAGAAGAUGCUGAAGCUAUGCAAAAGGAAUUGCGCGAAGCUUUCCGUUUGUACGACAAACAAGGCAACGGUUACAUCCCCACCUCCUGCUUGCGUGAAAUCUUGCGCGAAUUGGAUGACCAAUUGACCGAUGAAGAAUUGGACAUCAUGAUUGAAGAAAUCGAUUCUGAUGGUUCCGGUACCGUCGAUUUCGAUGAAUUCAUGGAAAUGAUGACUGGUGAAUAAAUUCUUUGAUUUUGUUUGCUAAGAACAA